AUGUUAGAACAUACGCCUCAGACAGCCAAGGAAACCAAGGAAACUAUCAACAAACGACCGUUUCGAUGGAAACAGUGGUUCACUAAAAACACUGUCCCCGAAGGAUCCCCUCGGAGGAUAUAUGUGAAUAAGCCAGAAAUGAACGAACAACAACAUUUUAUGACCAACGCAGUAUCCACAGCCAAAUAUAACCUAUUUACUUUUCUACCCAAGUUUCUGUAUGAAGAGUUUAGUAAAUCAGCCAAUGUCUUUUUCUUAUUUAUUUCCGGGAUUCAGCAAAUUCCCAAUAUUUCACCUACAUCAAGAUACACCACACUCGUCCCGCUUGUCAUUGUCUUGUUGAUCACAGCGGUUAAGGAAAUUAUUGAAGAUUUCGUAUUACAUAAGUCGGAUAGUGAACUCAAUGCUCGGAAAUGCAAAGUGUAUGAUGGAUCACGAUUUAUUGAAAAGCCCUGGAGGCAAAUAAAAGUAGGAGACAUCUGUAGAGUGGACAAUGCUCAAUUCUUUCCUGCCGAUCUGAUCUUGCUUAGUAGCUCCGAGCCUGAAGGUCUAUGCUACAUUGAAACAAGCAACCUGGAUGGUGAAGUCAAUCUUAAAAUCAAACAAGCCUUACCCGUGACUGCGACCAUGGUGUCUCCUGCACAAUUAGCCACUUUUGAAGGCAUCAUUGAAUCCGAACAACCCAACAACCGUUUAUAUAACUACGACGGUACCUUGACGACAAAGAAUGAAGACGGUAAUACAAAAAGGUUUCCCCUAGAUCCAAACAUGCUACUUUUAAGAGGCGCUCAGUUACGAAACACAAGCUGGAUUUAUGGUAUCGUCAUCUUUACGGGACAUGAAACCAAAUUGAUGCUCAAUUCAAGCAAGAAGCCAACGAAGGCUUCAAACGUCACUCGAAAGACAAAUAGAAACAUCCUCUAUCUCUUUGCUAUGCUCGUGACCAUGAGUGUUCUAUGCUCUAUCGGGAAUUAUGUGACAUCUACAAGAAAUGGAGCUAAUCUCGACUAUGUAGGGGUCCCCAUUACACAGCUAGGAAAGGAAGUUGGAUACAAUAUCUUGACAUUUAUGAUCCUGUUCAAUAGUUUCAUUCCCAUCAGUUUGAUGGUAACUAUGGAAAUUGUCAAAUACAUCCAAUCGACCAUGAUUGACAAUGACUUGGAUAUUUACUAUGACAAGACAGACACGCCCGCUGUAGCACGCAGCAGUAGCCUGAUCGAAGAACUCGGCCAGAUCGAAUAUGUCUUUUCGGACAAGACAGGGACCUUGACCUGUAACGAAAUGGAGUUUCGACAAUGUUCCAUCGCCGGCCUAUCCUAUGCCAGUCAUCCAGAUCCAGAUAAACGACCGACAUCAGAUGACGAUGCAAAUGGUCAAUUCUCGUUUGAACAACUAGAAGAGCACCUUCGGACAUCUCAACAUAACCAUAUUAUCAAUGAAUUUCUUACCUCCUUGAUGACCUGUCAUACCGUCAUUCCUGAAACAGAGAACGGGGCGAUCAUUUACCAAGCCUCUUCCCCUGAUGAAAGUGCACUAGUGAAAGGAGCCAGCGAUGUGCUUGGAUACAAGUUUGUUGCCAGACGACCACAUUCGAUCCAUUGCAUUCGUAAAGGGACUGAAGAAGAAUAUCAGAUCCUGAAUGUGUGUGAGUUCAAUUCGACUCGUAAACGCAUGUCUGUCGUCCUUCGUGGGCCCGAUGGCAAGAUCAAACUGUACUGCAAGGGUGCUGAUACAGUCAUCCUGGAGCGAUUGGCGAAAGGCUCAAACCCAUUUGUCUCGGCGACUCUCUCACAUUUGGAGGAUUAUGCUUGUGAAGGUUUACGAACCUUGUGUUUUGCCAUGCGCGAGAUAUCAAAUGAAGAGUAUACAGAGUGGUCUGUUAUGUACGACAAGGCAGCUACGACACUUGUCAACCGUGCAGACGAAUUGGAUCAUGCGGCAGAGAUGAUUGAAAAAGAUAUGCUCUUGUUGGGAGCAACUGCUAUUGAAGAUAAAUUACAGGAUGGUGUGCCUGAUACGAUUCAUACCUUGCAAGAAGCCAACAUCAAGGUCUGGGUCCUCACAGGGGAUCGACAGGAGACGGCGAUCAAUAUUGGGUAUAGUUGUAAACUGUUGACUGAGGAUAUGGAAUUGGUCGUCUGUAAUGAAGAGGAUCAAAUCUCGACAAAAAAGUUUCUGCAAGAAAGACUAGGACAGCUCAGUACGCAGAUACAACAGGAUCCACUAGCCCUUGUCAUCGAAGGAAGGUCACUUACAUUUGCUCUAGAAAAAGAUGUAGAAAAGACAUUUUAUGACCUUGCCACACAAUGCAAGGCAGUGAUCUGUUGUCGAGUAUCUCCACUACAAAAGGCACUUGUUGUCAAAUUAGUAAAAAAGUUUUCAAAAUCCAUCUUGCUAGCGAUUGGUGAUGGUGCGAAUGAUGUGUCCAUGAUUCAGGCUGCCCAUGUUGGUGUAGGCAUCAGUGGUGUCGAAGGUCUACAAGCUGCUCGGAGUGCCGACUUUGCCAUAUCUCAAUUCAGGUUCUUGAGAAAGCUUCUUCUGGUUCAUGGUGCAUGGGCAUAUCAGCGUCUGAGCAAAAUGAUCUUUUUUUACUUUUAUAAAAAUGUGGCCAUGUACUUGACACAGUUCUGGUAUGCUAUCUUUAAUGGAUUUUCAGGACAGACAUUAUACGAAUCUUGGACCAUGUCUUGCUUUAAUGUCAUCUUUACCUUUUUACCACCCAUGGCGAUCGGUGUGUUUGACCAGUUUACUUCGGCCAGAUUGUUAGACAAGUACCCACAGAUGUACACACUUGGUCAACGUAAUGAAUUCUUUAAUCAAAAGCGGUUUUGGGGCUGGAUAUUUAAUGCGGUAUAUCACUCUGCUAUGCUCUAUUUCUUGGGUAUGGCUGCUUUUGCAGAUGAUUCUGUAUUUACCAACGGACAUUCUGGAGGACAAUGGUGGGUUGGAACAACGAUAUUUACGGCUACGUUAGCAACCAUUCUCUGGAAGGCUGCCUUAAUCACAGAUAUUUGGACAAAGUACACAUUUAUUGCUAUUCCAGGAUCAAUGGUCAUUUGGUUUAUCUUUUUACCACUUGUAUCCUAUGUUGGCCCACUUCUUCCCGUGGACAUCUUUAUGGAAUACUAUGGCAUUAUUCCAGAAUUGUUUGGAAACAUAAACUACUGGUUAUUUUUCAUCAUUGUUCCCUUGAUGUGUGUCCUUCGAGAUUACUUGUGGAAAUAUGUCAAGCGUAUGUAUAGGCCACAAAGUUACCAUUAUAUACAAGAAAUACAGAAAUACAACCUUCCUGAUUAUCGACCUCGUAUGGAUCGAUUCCGUCGUGCGGUGAACAAGGUACGCAAGAUCCAACGACUUAAACAAUCAAGAGGAUUUGCGUUUGCACAGAACGAUAAUGAUCAAUCAAGAUUGAUCCGUAUGUAUGAUACAACACGACAAAAGCCUUCUGGUUAA